UUCCAUCAAUAUUCAUAAAAGGGUGUAGUCUUAUCUCCAUCAAUUUGAGUGGUAAUAAAUUGCAAGGAAGAUUACCUAAAUCCUUAAUCAAUUGCAAAAGUCUUAAAAGCCUCGAUGUCGGAAAUAAUAGAAUACUAGACAAAUUUCCAUUUUGGAUGGAAGCUCUUCUUCAGCUUCGAGUGCUAGUUUUGAAGUCUAACAAAUUUGAUGGUAACAUGUCGUUGCCUUCACAAAGCUACCUUUCGUUUCCCAAGUUGCAAGUUUUAGAUAUAUCGAGGAAUGCAUUUGGGGGAUCUCUACCUCAAAGAUAUUUCAAGAAUUUUAAAGCAAUGAUGGGUGUGAAGGCCAAUUAUGAUGAUAUGAACUUUGUAGCUCACGUGGAGAUGACAUUGACCUUGAAAGGUCAAGAUCAGUUAUUGAAGAGACUGUUGGAAGCCUUUACAAUCAUUGACUUAUCCUCCAAUAGAUUCUCUGGGAGUAUUCCACAUUCCAUAGGUAAUCUUAAUUCUUUGAGAUACUUGAAUUUGUCCCAUAAUAAUUUCAUGGGACACAUACCUGCAUCUCUUGGAAAUAUAAGUGUGCUUGAAUCAUUGGACUUGUCAUCGAACAAAUUGGAUGGAGGUAUUCCAAGUGAAUUGACGAGGUUGACAUUUCUUGAGAAACUAGACCUUUCAAUGAAUGAUCUCGUGGGGCAAAUACCACAAUCUAACCAGUUCUCCACCUUUGAUAACGAUUCAUACGUGGGAAACUUGAGAUUGUGUGGAGUUCCAUUGACGAGAAAAUGCAACAAGGAGGAUGGGCAGCUGAUCGGACCAGAAGAAGAAGAUGAAGAAGAAGAAGAAGAAGAAGAGUAUGGAUUUAUAGAUGGAGAAAUGUGGUGAUGGGAUAUGGAAGUGGAUUCAUUGUUGGAAUUGGAAUUGGUUACAUUAUUAUUAGAAAUGGAAGGCCGAGAUGGUUAGUGGAAUUCUUUUUUGGCGUUGGAUAUAAUAAGAAGCAAAAGAGACUCAAUAGAGUAACACCAAGAGAGGAGGAGUUGAUACUUUGAUUUGAAGAUGGUUAUUUUAAUCUUUGUGUCUUACUUUUUCUUCAUUUUAAUUGUUUCUCUCUUUCUCUUUUAUCUUUUUGAAUUAGGUCGACUUACAUGCUACCACUUUCUGAAACAAAUUAAGUUGUUAAUUUGUUGUAAUUCAUUAGUUUAGUUUGCUUUGUGAGACUUCUGUCGUGCUAAGA